UGCUCUAUCAUUCAUCACCCUUUUCACAUUCUUCUUCUUCUCCUCACACAGAUCUUCAUCUCACCUUUCACUUUCUCUCUCUCAAUUCACUCUCUGAGGUGAAACUGUUUCUGGGUUUUGCUUGGAUCCUUCAAAAGACUCAAACUUUUCAUUCUGCUGUUCAAAAUGUGGAUCUUGUAAAAGCUUAUUGAUUUCAUCAAGAAGAAAUUAUAUAAAAAAAUCAUUUUUUUUCAGCUUCUGGUUGUUUCACUUUUUCCUCUCUCAUUGGAGAAGCUUAAAGAUAGUAAAGCUUUGGUAUCGGGUUAUUUGAGCCGGUUAUGAAGGUGUCUUUCGUGAGUUCAUAAGUUUGAUAGAGUCGCGUCUUUGAAAGUGGAAGAGGUUUUAACGUUACAUUCGCGCGUUUGAUUUUAGUACCUAGAAAUGGGGAUUCAAUGCUCGAGAUUUUUUCCGUGUUGUGUGAAUUCGCAAGUUAAAGCAUCUGUUCUUGAAACUCCGGAUGCUGAAAAUGAUGAUAGUGAGGUUAGUAACUGGCCUAUAUUCCGUGAAUUUACACUUGAGCAACUUAAGAAUGCGACGUCUGGUUUUGCUGUCGAGAAUAUUGUGUCCGAGCAUGGAGAGAAGGCUCCAAAUGUUGUCUAUAAAGGGAAGCUGGAGAAUCAAAUGAGAAUUGCUGUUAAACGGUUUAAUAGAAGUGCUUGGCCUGAUACUCGACAGUUUGUGGAGGAAGCAAGAGCAGUUGGUCAGCUUCGUAACCAAAGAUUGGCAAACUUGCUUGGAUGUUGUUGUGAAGGAGAUGAUAGGUUGCUUGUCGCCGAAUAUAUGCCAAAUGAAACACUUGCAAAACACCUUUUCCAUUGGGAAUCACAACCUAUGAAAUGGGCAAUGCGACUAAGGGUUGUUCUACAUCUUGCACAAGCUCUAGAGUACUGCACAAGUAAAGGACGUGCUCUCUAUCACGACCUCAACGCAUAUAGAGUUCUCUUUGACGAGGACGGUAAUCCUAGGCUAUCUACUUUUGGACUUAUGAAAAAUAGCAGGGACGGGAAAAGUUAUAGCACCAAUUUGGCAUUUACUCCUCCAGAGUAUCUCAGAACUGGGAGAGUAACACCAGAAAGCGUAAUAUAUAGCUUUGGCACUCUUUUGCUUGACCUUCUUAGCGGAAAGCAUAUCCCGCCGAGUCAUGCUCUUGAUUUGAUCCGGGACAGAAAUCUUCAGAUGCUGACAGAUUCUUGUCUGGAAGGACAAUUUUCUGAUAACGAUGGAACUGAGCUUGUACGCUUGGCAUCUCGAUGUUUGCAAUAUGAACCUAGAGAAAGGCCUAAUCCAAAAUCAUUGGUGUCUGCUUUGGCUUCUCUUCAGAAAGAAACCGAGGUUCCUUCACAUGUGUUGAUGGGUAUACCACAUAGCACAAGUUUUGCUUCAUUAUCUCCACUUGGCGAGGCUUGUUCGAGAAAGGACUUGACCGCCAUACACGAAGUUCUGGAUAAUCUUGGUUAUAAAGAUGAUGAAGGAGUGGCGAAUGAGUUAUCAUUCCAGAUGUGGACUGAUCAAAUGCAGGACACAUUGAAUUGCAAGAAAAAGGGCGAUGCCGCUUUCCGACAGAAAGAAUUCAGAGAAGCGAUCGAGUGCUACACACAGUUCAUCGAUGCUGGAACAAUGGUUUCUCCAACAGUCUAUGCACGACGUAGUUUGUGUUAUCUCAUAAGCGACAUGGCUCAGGAAGCGCUGAACGACGCAAUGCAAGCGCAGGUUGUUUCACCAAUAUGGCACAUUGCAUCUUAUCUUCAAUCAGUUUCACUUGCAACAGUUGGAAUGGAGAAUGAAGCACAAGCAGCACUUAAAGAAGGAACAACACUUGAGUCGAAGCGGAAUGCAACUCCGAAACAAAAGUGAAGACUUUGUACAGAGACAAAUACUUGAUGAUUGUGUCUUGCAUGAUGAUGAUUAAAACAACAAUAUUUGAUUAUAAAUUUCAUCUAUAAUAGAUUCACCUCCUCAAAGAAAUUGCAUGUUUUUUUCUUUAAAGACUUUUCUCAAGAAACAUUGAUUGGAUGAAUGUUGUUGGCAACACCCCCUCCCCCUUUUUGUUGGGUCGGCUAGGAUGUUUGUUUUAGUUUUAUGAUGAUUUGAUUUGGUUGAUUGAUUGAGCAUGAAUGAAAAUAUCAAAUUUUUGUUUUAAAUUUAUGAAACUCUAAAAUGUGAAGAGUGGAUGUAUUUUGUGUUGGAAUGUCAAGGAAGAGUUGAUUUU